CAAGUUGAGAAAACACUCGUAACCCCGUACGGUGUCUCUCCGAGCCAGCUUCAUGUCUCAUCCGGCCCGUUUUAAAAGUCGCUGGUUCCGGUUGUGUCCGUACGUUUCGUAGGUGAGACUUUGAACUUUUCCCCCCCCUUCUUUUUCCUUUUUUUUUUACUCGUUUCUUGGAAGUCUAUCACAGGAGGUUGGCUGAGGAUUUAAAAGAAAAACCAAAACACAAAACAAGAACAAAACACACGGAUUUUCGCCGGGGGGUUUUCCGAAGCCUGCAAAGAUUUAUUUUUGAAAAGUGAUGGCCGAGCGGGGAGCACGGUCGCUCCUCUCUCUCCUCUGUCUCACCUUUCUCUACACGGCGACCACCGUGGCCAAGCAUGUCGACAAAGGUACGACAGUGCAGCCCUUCAGUCCCUUCUGGUUCACGGUGGAGCCCCAGGACACGCUGGCAGUGCGGGGUUCCCCUGCAUUGCUCAACUGCUCAGCCCACAGCGACGCGACCACACCAGUGCGGGUGGAGUGGAAGAAGGAUGGCACUUUCAUGAGCCUGGUUUCGGAUGAGAGGAGGCGGGUGCUACCCGACGGCUCACUGCUAAUCACUCAGGUGGUCCAUUCUAAGCACAACAAGCCUGACGAGGGCACCUACCAGUGUGUGGCCACUAUUGACAACCUGGGAUUCAUCUCUAGCCGUACAGCGCGGCUGUCUGUGGCAGGUCUGCCCAGGUUUAUCAGCCAACCAGCACCCACCAGUGUCCAUGUGGGGGACAGCCAAGUUCUGGCGUGCGACGUUAACCCAGACCUGGUUCCUUUCUCCCGAUGGGAAAAAGACCGUCAACCUUUGGACCUUAGUGCUAGGCUCGUUCAGCUGCCCAGCGGAGCCCUGGUGGUCAGCAAUGCUUCAGAGGCAGAUGCCGGACUCUACCGUUGUCUGGUGGAGAAUGUAGGGCCAGCCAAGUCCAGCGACGAGGCCCAGCUACAGAUACUUCCAGAAACAGGAAAUGAGAGGAAGCUGGAGUUCUUGGUGCAGCCUGUGGCCGUGACUAAGGUGGUGGGAGCCAGUGUGCUGCUGCCCUGCGUGGUCACCAGUUAUCCUGCAGCUAACCUACGCUGGAUGCUUGGUGACAAACUACUGGAGGAAAGUGAGGCUCGUGUGGAGGUAAUAGGAGGUGGCAGUCUCCAGAUCACCAACCUGACAGAGGAGGAUGCUGGCCUGUACACAUGCAUAGCUGACAAUGGCAAUGCCUCAAUCGAAGCCCAGGUUCAGCUUACGGUGCAAGUUCCUCCAUGGUUUGUCAAGCGGCCAGCCAACAUUUAUGCCCAUGAAUCCAUGGACAUCAUCUUUGAGUGUGAGGUGACAGGCUCUCCGGCACCCACCGUCAAAUGGGUCAAGAAUGGUGAUGCUGUCAUCCCCAGUGACUACUUUAAAAUAAUUAAGGAGCACAACCUUCAGGUUCUGGGUCUGGUCAAAUCAGAUGAGGGCUUCUACCAGUGCCUUGCAGAGAACGAUGCUGGCAACAUCCAGUCCAGCGCCCAGCUGAUCAUCCUGGAGCAUGGCGUAGCCCUGCCCUCGUCCCCUCCCCCCUCAAUGACUCCUAACACUACUGACCAUGUAACGCUAGGCUCCAGAGGCGUGGCUAUCCCAACAGGCCCCACCCCCUCUGCACCGCGAGAUGUCGUGGCUUCGCUGGUCUCCACCCGCUUCAUCAAGCUUACCUGGCGCCCGCCAGCCGAGCCACAUGGAGACGAGCUUACUUACUCCGUUUUCUACAGCCAGGAGGGCAUUAGCAGAGAGCGUGUGGUGAACACCAGUCGUCCUGGAGAGAUGCAGGUGACCAUCCAGAACCUUAUGCCAGACACCAAGUACCGUUUUCGGGUUGUGGCCCACAACAGCAAUGGCCAGGGGGAGAGCUCGACAGCUCUGAAAGUGGCCACCCAAGCUGAGGUCCAAGUCCCCGGGCCUGCUCCCAACCUGCAGGCAGUGUCAAACACACCAAGUUCUGUCUUUCUAAGCUGGGAAACGCCUCCCACUGGCAACGGAGAAAUCCUCAGCUACAAGCUCUACUACACUGACAAAAGCCUGGGCAACGAACAGGACCUAGACGUAAGGAGUCAAUCCUACACCUUGACUGGGUUGAAGAAGCACGCAGAGUACAGCUUCCGUGUGGUGGCCUACAACAAGCAUGGUCCAGGGGUUUCCACCGAGGACAUCACUGUUCGCACCCUAUCGGAUGUACCGAGCGCUCCGCCUCAAAAUCUCACCCUGGAGGUCCAGAACUCAAAGAGCAUUAUGGUCCGAUGGCAACCUCCACCCCCUGGUGCCCAGAAUGGGGAGAUCACUGGCUACAAGAUCCGCUAUCGGAAAGGCACACGGAAGAGCGAGGCAGCCGAGACUACUGGAGGCACCCAGCUUUAUCAGCUCAUUGAUGGUCUGGAGCGGGGGACAGAGUACUCCUUCCGUGUGUCGGCCAUGACAGUGAAUGGCACAGGACCUGCCACUGAGUGGACCACAGCGGAAACCUUUGAGAGCGACUUGGAUGAAUCCCGAGUGCCAGACAUCCCCAGUUCGCUCCACGUCCGUCCAUUGGUCAACAGUAUUGUGGUGAGUUGGACGCCGCCAGAGAACCAGGACAUUGUUGUACGAGGUUACACCAUUGGCUAUGGUAUAGGCAGUCCCCAUGCCCAGACCAUCAAAGUGGACUACAAGCAGCGCUACUAUAGCAUCGAGAACCUUGACCCCAGCUCCCACUACGUGAUCACACUGAAGGCCUUCAACAAUGUGGGCGAGGGAAUUCCUGUGUAUGAGAGCGCCAUCACAAGGCCACAGUCAGACACCAUAGACCCCGAUGUUGACCUGUACGAACUCUUCCAUGCUCCAUACACCCCAGUACCAGACCCCUCCCCCAUGCUGCCACCCGUGGGUGUUCAAGCUUCUGUGCUGAGCCAUGACACCAUCAAGGUGACCUGGGCUGACAACUCGCUGCCCAAGAACCAAAAGAUCACAGAUGCCCGGUACUACACAGUACGCUGGAAGACCAACAUCCCCGCCAACACCAAGAUGAAGACGGCCAACACCACCAGCCUGAGCUACAUGGUGACAGGACUGAAGCCCAACACACUGUACGAGUUCUCUGUCAUGGUGACCAAGGGCCGACGUACCAGCACCUGGAGUAUGACAGCCCAGGGCACCACCUUUGAGACCAUUCCCAGCUCCUCUCCUAAAGAUGUGACAGUGGUCAGCAAGGAGAGCAAGCCACGCACCAUCAUUGUCAACUGGCAGCCCCCCUCCGAAGCCAACGGCAAGAUCACUGGCUACAUCAUCUACUACAGUACAGAUGUCAAUGCUGAGGUUCAUGACUGGGUCAUAGAGCCAGUGGUGGGCAACCGUCUAACCCACCAGAUCCAGGAGCUCACACUGGACACCACCUACUACUUCAAGAUCCAAGCCCGCAACUCCAAGGGCAUGGGCCCCAUGUCGGAGGCUGUGCAAUUUCGCACUCCAAAGACUGAGUCCUCUGACAAAAUGGCUAAUGACCAAGCUUCCAACCUCCCGGCGAAGCCAGGAAGCCACCACCCCCCACCUGACUUCGGAUCUGCAUUGGGUAAACCAGGGAUGACAGGAAGUGGAGACAACCACAUCCUGGUUAUUGUUAUCAUCAUCUCAGUGGGUGCUUUCACCAUCAUAGUGGUAGUGGUGGGGGCCUUCCUAUGCACGCGGCGCACGACAUCCCACCAGAAAAAGAAACGGGCCGCUUCCAAGUCCUCCAACGGCUCCCACAAGUACAAGGGCAACUCCAAAGAUUUGAAACCCCCCGACCUGUGGAUCCACCAUGAGAGGCUGGAGCUCAAGCCCAUGGACAAGUCUCCAGACCCUAACCCGGUCAUGACUGACACACCCAUACCCCGGACCUCUCAGGACAUCACACCAGCGGAUGGUGGUUUAGAGAGCAACCCCCACAUACAACAGAGGCGUAACUCUUACCGCGGUCAUGAAUCAGAAGACAGCAUGUCCACACUAGCAGGCCGGCGUGGGAUGAGGCCUAAAAUGAUGAUGCCAUUUGAUGCACAGCCGCCUCAGCCUGUGAUUAGCGCUCACCCCAUCCAUUCCCUCGAUAACCAUCACCACCAUUAUCACAUGGGCAGCCUGGCAUCGCCGACACGCAGCUAUCUCUACCACCAGGGUGGUGGGCACCCACGCCCACACACCUGCACCACCCCCCUCUCUCAUCUAGACAGGGUGGACUCCUCAGAGUCUGUGAGGAAUACUCCCAUUGCUGAGCCCAUCCCCCCAGCCACUGCCUCCUCCCAAGCCUCCUGUCCCUCGGAGCUGCUGGCAGACCCUGAAGGCAGCUACCAUGGCUCCAGCACCACUGAGGAGGAACCCAGCUAUUCCAGCAACCUGCCCCCGCACCGCCCAGCACACCCCCACUCCCACGCCCACCCCCUCAAGAGCUUUGCUGUGCCUGCCAUCCCCUCCACCAGUCACCCGAGCUACGAGUCACCUGCCCUACCCAGUACUCCCUUGCUCUCUCAGACCGGGCCCCCUCCUCACCCCCACGUGGUCAAGACAGCCUCUAUUGGAACCUUGGGUAGGACGCGCACGCCCAUGAUUGUCACUGUGCCCAAUGCCCCUGAUGUGCCAGAAACCAGCAAGAUGCUGGAAGAUGUAGACAGCGUGCUUGCCUCCCUCCCCCCCUGUCCCUCCCCCGCCCCCCGCAGUAACCCUGUUCCUCUCCCCCAGAGCUAUGAGCCUGAUGAGCUGACCGAAGAGAUGGCCCACCUCGAGGGCCUGAUGAAGGACCUGAAUGCCAUCACCACAGCACCCUGA